AAUGGUUUAUAGAUUAACUCUUUGAUAUAGUAAUAUUUCAGUGGGGUGUGAGUGUCUCUGUGCUCAUUCCAAUUAUAGUGGUUUACUUAAGGUGGGAACAUUACCUUUCCCAACUACUUGAUGACACACUGGCUACAGCGGAAAGAACUAUACUCAUCCCUCCAUCAUGAGCCAGUCAGUGCCAGAGAUGUGAAGCCACCUCAGAGUUCUUCCAGAGACAGACUUUACAGAAAGGAGGAAAACCCGAAUGAAUAAACAACAAAAGGACUGAUUUUUAUCAGACAACAUGGGAACUUUCGAAGAACUGCUUCUGGGUAAUAAACCAACGCUUCCUUCUGCCAUCCUACUGACUGUACUCAUUCUGCUACCAGCAUUUACCAUAACAUCUCAGGCUGAAACAACAGGAAGUUUCACAAACUUCACUACACAAACUUCAGAAUUGAAAGAAAACGAGACGUCAACUCUCUCAGAGUCAACAACUGAAUUAAGCUCCACAGUGGGAUUGACACCAACAUCAGAAACCCCACUACAAACAUCUGUGACAAUAUCUACAGCAGAAGAAUCUACACCAACACCUUUAAUCCUCUCAACUGAAGAAGACCAUUCAACAUCAUCUCUCUCAACAUCUACAAGCUUAGCAUCUGAUUCAUCCCCAAGUACUGAAUCUGAAGGCACUACCAGUGCAAGUUCAACAGAACCUGUCACUAAAUCAAGUCCCACAAUCUUUACAAACCAUGAAUUCACACAAAGCAGUUCAUUUUACACAACAGAUGAGCCAAGUUCAUCUUCAUCAACUAACUCAACAAUUACCUAUUCGUCUUCACAAACUUCAGAACUUUCAAGUAAGACAAGCCACCAAUCAUCAGAGUCAUCUGUCACAACUGAAGUUGGUUCUUCAGAGUCAACAACUGAAUUCAGCUCCACAGUGGGAUUGACACCAACAUCAGAAACCCCACUACAAACAUCUGUGACAAUAUCUACAGCAGAAGAAUCUACACCAACACCUUCAAUCCUCUCAACUGAAGAAGACCAUUCACCAUCAUCUCCUCUCUCAACAUCUAUAAGCUUAGCAUCUGAUCCAUCACCUAGUACUAAAUCUAAAGGCACAAAUACGGCAAGCUCAACAGAACAUGUAACCGAAUCAAGUCCCACCAUCUCUACAAACCAGGAAAUUACACAUAGUAGUUCAUUUUACACAACAGAUGAGCCACAUCCAUCUUCAUCCACUGACUCAACAAUUAUCUAUACAGCUACUUCACAAAAUUCAGAACUUUCAAGUGGGACAAGCGAACAAGCUUCAGAAUCGACUGUCUCAGAUAAAACCAGUUCUUUAGAGUCAACAACUGAAUUCAGCUCCACAGUGGGAUUGACACCAAAUUCAGAAACCCCACCACAAACAUCUGUGACAAUAUCUACAGCAGAAGAAUCUACACCAACACCUUCAAUCCUCUCAACGGAAGAAGACCAUUCGACAGUAUCUCCUUUCUCAACAUCAAAUGGUUUAGCAUCUGAAUCAUCACCAAGUACUGAAUCUGAAGGCACCACAACUGCAAGCUCAACUGAACCUGUAACUGAAUCAAAUACCACCAUCUCAACAACUCAGGGAAUUACACAAAGUAGUUCAUUUUACACAACAGAUGAGCCACAUUCACCUUCAUUAACUGACUCAACAAUUUACUAUACAUCUACUUUACAAACUUCAGAAAUUUCAAGUAGGACAAACCAACAAUCCUCUGAGUCAACUGUAACAACUGAAGUUGAUUCUUCAGAGUCAACAACAGAAUUGAGCUCUACACUGGGAUUGACACCAACUUCAGAAACCCCACUACAAACAUCUGUGACAAUAUCUACAGCAGAAGAAUCUACACCGACACCUCCAAUCCUCUCAACUGAAGAAGACCAUUCAACAUCAUCUCCUCUCUCAACAUCUAUAAGCUUAGUAUCUGGUACAUCGCCUAGUACUGAAUCUAAAGACUCAACCACUGCAAGAUCAACUGAACAUGUAACUGAAUCAAGUCUCACUAUCUCAACAAACCAGGAAAUUACACCUAGUAGUUCAUUUUACACAACAGAUGAUCCAAGUUCAUUUUCAUCAACUGGGACAAGCCAACAAUCUUCAGAAUCAUCCAUCACAACUGAAGCUGGUUUCUCAGAGUCAACAACAGAUUCCAGCUCCACAGUGGGAUUGACACCAACUUCAGAAACCUCACCACAAACAUCUGUGACAGUAUCUACAGCAGAAGAAUCUACAUCGACACAUUCAAUCCUCUCAACUGAAGAAGACCAUUCAACAUCAUCUCCUCUCUCAACAUCUAUAAGCUUAACAUCUGAUUCAUCAUCUAGUACUGAAUCUGAAGGCACUAACACUGCAAGCAAAACAGAACCUGCAACUGAAUCAAAUCCUACCAUCUCAACAACCCAGGAAUUCACACAAAGCAGUUCAUUUUACACAACAGAUGAGCCAAGUUCAUCUUCAUCAACUAACUCAACAAUUACCUAUUCGUCUUCUUCACAAACUUCAGAACUUUCAAGUAGGACAAGCCACCAAUCAUCAGAGUCAUCUGUCACAACUGAAGUUGGUUCUUCAGAGUCAACAACUGAAUUCAGCUCCACAGUGGGAUUGACACCAACUUCAGAAACCCCACCACAAACAUCUGAGUCAAUAUCUACAGCCGAAGAAUCUACACCAACACCUUCAAUCCUCUCAACUGAAGAAGACCAUUCAACAUCAUCUUCUCUCUCAACAUCUAUAAGCUUAGCAUCUGAUUCAUCCCCAAGUACUGAAUCUGAAGGCACUACCACUGCAAGCUCAACGGAACCUGUCACUGAAUCAAGUCCCACAAUCUCUACAAACCAGGAAUUUACACCAAGUAGUUCAUUUUACACAACAGAUGAUCCAAGUUCAUCUUCAUCAACUGACUCAACAGUGAAGUAUACAUCUGGUUUGCAAACUUCAGAAAUUUCAAGUGGGACAAGCCACCAAUCCUCUGAGUCAACUGUCACAACUGAAGUUGAUUCUUCAGAGUCAACAACUGAAUUCAGCUACACAGUGGGAUUGACACCAACUUCAGAAACCCCACUACAAACAUCUGUGACAAUAUCUACAGCAGAAGAAUUUACAUCAACACCUUCAAUCCUCUCAACUAAAGAAAACCUUUCACCAUUAUCUUCUCUCUCAACAUCUAUAAGCUUAGCAUCUGGAACAUCACCUAGUACUGAGUCUGAAGACUCAAUGACUACAAGCUCAACUGAACCUGUAACUGAAUCAAGUCCCACCAUCUCAACAACUCAGGAAAUUACACAAAGUAGUUCAUUGUACACAACAGAUGAGCCACAUUCACCUUCAUUAACUGACUCAACAAUUGACCAUACAUCUACUUUACAAACUUCAGAACUUUCAAGUGGGACAAGCAAACAAUCUUCAGAAUCGACUAUCUCAGAUAAUACCAGUUCUUCAGAGUCAACAACUGAAUUCAGCUCCACAGUGGGAUUGACACCAACUUCAGAAACCCCACUACAAACAUCUGUGACAAUAUCUACAGCAGAAGAAUCUACACCAACACCUUCAAUCCUCUCAACUAAAGAAAACCUUUCACCAUCAUCUUCUCUCUCAACAUCUAUAAGUUUAGCAUCUGGAACAUCACCUAGUACUGAGUCUGAAGACUCAGUGACUACAAGCUCAACGGAACCUGUCACUGAAUCAAGUCCCACAAUCUUUACAAACCAUGAAUUUACACCAAGUAGUUCAUUUUACGCAACAGAUGAGCCACAUUCAUCUUCCUCCACUGACUCAACUGGGGCAAGUGCAACAAGCCAACAAUCUUCAGAAUCAUCCAUCACAACUGAAGUUGGUUCUUUAGAGUCAACAACUGAGUUGAGCUCUACACUGGGAUUGACACCAACUUCAGAAACCCCACUACAAACAUCUGUGACAAUAUCUACAGCAGAAGAAUCUACUCCAACACCUUCAAUCCUCUCAACUGAAGAAGAUCAUUCAACAUCAUCUCCUCUCUCAACAUCUAUAAGCGUAGCGCCUGAUACAUCUCUUAGUACUGAGUCUGAAGACUCAACCACUGCAAGCUUAACUGAACAUGUAACCGAAUCAAGUCCCACCAUCUCAACGACCCAGGAAUUCACACAAAGCACAGAAGAAUCUACUCCAACACCUUCAAUCCUCUCAACUGAAGAAGAUCAUUCAACAUCAUCUCCUCUCUCAACAUCUAUAAGCGUAGCGCCUGAUACAUCUCUUAGUACUGAGUCUGAAGACUCAACCACUGCAAGCUUAACUGAACAUGUAACCGAAUCAAGUCCCACCAUCUCAACAACCCAGGAAUUCACACAAAGCAGUUCAUUUUACACAACAGUUGAGCCACAUUCAUCUUCAUCAACUAACUCAACAAUUACCUAUUCUUCUUCUUCACAAACUUCAGAACUUUCAAGUGGGACAAGCCACCAAUCAUCAGAGUCAUCUGUCACAACUGAAGUUGGUUCUUCAGAGUCAACAACUGAAUUCAGCUCCACAGUGGGAUUGACACCAACAUCAGAAGCCCCAUUGCAAACAUCUGUGGCAAUAUCUACAGCAGAAGAAUCUACAUCGACUCCGUCUAUCGUCUCAACUGAAGAAGACCAUUCAACAUUAUCUCCUCUCUCAACAUCUAUAAGCUUAGCGUCUGGUACAUCACCUAGUACUGAGUCUAAAGACUCAACCAAUGCAAGCUCAACAGAACCUGUAACUGAAUCAAAUACCACCAUUUCUUCACCACAGGAAUUUACAACAAAGAGUUCAUUUUAUACAACAGAUGAGCCAAAUUCAUCUUCAUUAACUGAUUCAACAAUUACCUAUCCAUCUACUACACAAAGCAUGUCUGCUUCAUCAGAGCCUGAAUCCUCAGCCACACCUGAUUACAUUACAAUGCAAACAUCUAGACAAUCCUCAGAAACAUCAGAAUUUACAAAUGGGACAACUUAUCAAUCGUCAGAAUCUACUUCUUUGGAUGACACCAGCUCUUCCUUGUCAACAACUGAAGUCAGAUCCACAGUGGGAUUAACACCAACAUCAGAAACCCAAUCACACACAUCUUUGUCAAUAUCUACAGCAGAACUUACAUCAACACAUUCCAUCCUCUCAACUGAAGAAGACCAUUCAACAUCAUCUCCUCUAUCAACAUCUAUAAGCUUAACAUCUGAUACAUCGCCUAGUACUGAAUCUGAAGGCACUACCUCCGCAAGCAAAACAGAACCUGCAACUGAAUCAAAUACCACCAUCUCAACAACCCAGGAAUUUACACAAAGCAGUUCAUUUUACACAACAGAUGAGCCACAUUCAUCUUCAGCCACUGACUUAACAAUGAACUGUACAUCUGGCUUACAAACUUCAGAAAUUUCAAGUGGGACAAGCCACCAAUCAUCAGAAUCCACUGUCUCAGAUGAAACCAGUUCUUCAGAGUCAACAACUGAACUGAGGACCACAGUGGGAUUUACAUCAACAUCAGAAACUCCUCUACAAACAUCUCUAACAAUACCAACAACAGAAAAACCUACACAGACUCCCUUCUCAACUGAGGCAAAUUCAACACCAUCAUCUUUCUCAACAUCAACAACUUUAACAACUGAAAGCUCAAUCACUGCUCAGUCUGAAGGUCCUAUCACUGUGGGCUCAACAGAACAUACUUCAAGAGAAACUUCAGAACUUACAAGUGGGACAAGUCAACAACCAUUGGAAUCUACAACUGAACCAGCAGAGACUCCUCUGUUUGUCUCAACUGAAGAAGUGCAUUCAACACACUCUGCUUUCUCAACAUCAACAAGCUCAACAAAUAACACUUCAAAUCCUACCCAAUCUGAUGGUUCUACUACAGCUGAAAAGCCAGUUUCAUUACCAUCAGAUGAACCCAGUUCUUCAGCAUCAACAACUGAACUGAGGUCUACAACAGGAAUGACAUCAACAAUCCUAACAACUGAAACUGCAAUCACUACUCAAUCUGAAGGUCCUACCACUGCAAGCUCAAUAGAACAUACUACAAUUGAAACUCCAGAAACCUCAGUUUCAUUGUCAUCCUUUACAACAGCUGAGUCCCUUUCAUCACCAUCAAGUGACUCAACAAUAUUCUUAACAUCGGCCACUUCAAUAAGCCUAACUACAUCAGAAUCUACUGUCUCAGUUGAAGCUGGUUCUUCAACAUUAAGAACUGAAUUUAGCUCCACAGUGGGAAUGGCACCAACACCAGAAACCUCAUUACAAACACUUGUGACAGUAUCUACAACAGAACCAGCAGAGACUCCUAUUACAUCACCUAAUACUGAAUCUAUAGGUUCUACCUCUGUGGGCUCACCAGAAAGUUCUGUAACUGAACUCAAAUCAACAGAAAUAACCAGACAAUUCUCAGAAUCUACUUUAUCAGAUAAAACCAGUUCUUCAGCAUCAACAACUGAACUGAGGUCUACAACAGGAAUGACAUCAACAAACUUAACAACAGAAACCACAAUCACUACUCAAUCUGAAGGUCCUACCACUGCAAGCUCAAUAGAACAUACUACAACUGAAACUCCAGUUUCAGUGUUGUCCUACCCAACGUCUGAGUCUCUUUUAUCACCAUCAAGUGACUCAACAAUAUUCUUAACAUCGGCCACAUUGAUAAGCCCCACUACAUCACCUGAAUAUGAAAGUUCUACCACUGUAGGCUCAACAGAACAUACUUCAAGAGAAACUUCAGAACAUACAAGUGGGACAAGUCAACAGUCAUCAGAAUCUACUGUAUCAGAUGAAACCAGUGUGUCAACAUCUGAACUGAGUUCCACAGCAGAAAUUACAUCAACACCAGAAACCCCACUAAAAUCAUCUGUGCCAAUAUCUACAAAGGAAGAACCAACACAAACUCCUCUGGUCCUCUCAACUGAAGAAGCACUUUCAACACCAUCUCCUGUCUCAACAUCAACAAGUUUAACAACUGACACUUUAAAUCCAACCCAAUCUGAAGGUUCUACCACAUCUGAAAAGUCAAUUUCAUUACCGCCAACUAACUCAACAACAACCCUAACAUCUACCACAUCAAGACCAAUACUUAUUACAUCAACUAAUACUGAAUCUGAAGGUUCUACCACUGUGGGCUCAACAGAAAGUUCUGUAACUGAACUCAAAUCAACAGAAAUAACUAGACAAUCCUCAGAAACUUCAGAACUUACAAGUGGGUCAAGUCUACAAUACUCAGAAUCUACUUUAUCAGAUGAAGCCAGUUCUUCAGUCUCAACAACUGAACUGAGGUCUACAACAGGAAUGACAUCAACAAACUUAACAACUGAAACCACAAUCACUACUCAAUCUGAAGGUCCUACCACUGCAAGCUCAAUAGAACAUACUACAACUGAAACUCCAGUUUCAGUGUCGUCCUACCCAACGGCUGAGUCCCUUUCAUCACCAUCAAGUGAGUCAACAAUAUUCUUAACAUCGGCCACAUUGAUAAGCCCAACUACAUCAUCUGAAUCUGAAAGUCCUAUCACGUCUGAAAAGCCAAUUUCAUUACCAUCUAGCAACUCAACAACAACCUUAACAUCUACUAUAUCAAACCCAAUACUUGUUACAUCACCUAAUACUGAAUCUGAAAGUUCUACCACUGUGGGCUCAACAGAACAUACUUCUAGAGAAACGUCAGAACGUACAAGUGGGACAAGUCAACAAUCAUCAGAAUCUACUGUCUCAAUUGAAGCUGGUUCUUCAACAUUAACAACUGAAUUUAGCUCUACAGUGGAGAUGACAACCACAGCAAACCCAUUACAAACAUUUGUGACAAUAACUACAACAGAAGAACCUACACAGAGUCCUCUAGUUCCCUCAACUGAAGAAAUGCUUUCAAAAUCUUCUUUCCCAACAUCAGCAACCUUAACAACUGAUACCUCAAUAACUACUCAAUCUGAAAGUUCUACCACUGUAGGCUCAACAGAACAUACUUCAAGAGAAACGUCAGAACGUACAAGUGGGACAAGUCAACAAUCAUCAGAAUCUACUGUCUCAAUUGAAGCUGGUUCUUCAACAUUAACAACUGAAUUUAGCUCUACAGUGGAGAUGACAACCACAGCAAACCCAUUACAAACAUCUGUGACAAUAACUACAACAGAAGAACCUACACAGAGUCCUCUGGUUCUCUCAACUCAAGAAGCAAAUUCAACAUCAUCUCCUUUCUCAACAUCAGUAAGCUUAACAACUGAAACUUUAAAUACUACCCAAUCUGAAGGUUCUACCACAGCUGAAAAGCCAACUUUAUUAUCAUCAACCAACUCAACCACAACCUUAACAUCUAUCACAACCCAAAACGCCACAGAAACCACAUCAUUGACUACAAAAUUAACAGAAACUUCAACAUUUGCAAGUUCAUUUAUCCCUACAUCAUCAACACCCACACAAGCCACUGUCUUCUCCACAACUGAAGCCUCUCAUUCCACUCAACCCACUCACUUCAUUUCACCUGCUACAUCUACUGCUCCAACUCAUCCAGACCACACAACAAAGGAGACACCUUCCUCAACAAUCCCAACCAACCCAACAUCAGUAACAAAUUCAACUGGAAAACCAAUCCAAACGUCAUCUAUCACCACAGCAGAAAAAACGUCUUCUACCACAAAUGCAACAUUAUUUUCAGGAUCUACUUCUGAAAUAGUGACACAGUCUCAAAUGAAAAGCACUGAAAAGGUUGCUACAUCAACGAGUCAACCUUCCUUCGAAUUUACCAAAUCUACUUCUACUACUCAUCUAGAACCCACAACGAAGGAGACACUUUCAUCAACAGUUACAAACCCAACACUGACUACAAAUUUAACAGAAAAGCCAACCCAGACAUCAGAAACAACGUCUUCUUUCACAAAUGCAACAAUAUCGUCCAGACCAACCACUGAAAUGUUGACACCUUCUGGGAAUACAACAACUAAACAGUCUUCUACUCUAACAACUCAACCAUCCAUUGGAUUUACGAAUCAGUCUUCAAAAUCUCCUGCUGCUUUUACCACUUUACAUUCCUCUUCCACUGGUAAAGUGACUCAAAUGACACUCUCCUCUUCCACUCAAGUGAAAUCAACCAUAUCUCUUCCAACUACCAGUUCCUAUACUUCCAUAUUAAUGAGUGAAACUACGCCAAGUAAUUGCAUUAAUUUCACUUCUGGCGGUUCCUGCAACAUUGCAACAGUGAUAUUGUCUGGGACAAGUCUGGUCAGGAAUGCAACUGUUUCUCUAAAGAUAGAAAAGAAUUACACUUCUGCCUAUGAAAAUUUGACUUCCCCGGAAUCCAAAAGCUUGAUUAGCACUUUAAUGCCCGUGCUUAAUGAUUUCUACAAAAAAGCAAACCCACAAAACUUCAGAGCUGUGCACAUUAUUAGUUUUAGGGAAGGAAGUGUCAUCGUCAACAGUAGUGCGGAAUACAUCUAUCCCAACAAUCAAUCACAAAUUGAUUUUCUCAACAACAAUCUAGAAGAAGAACUGAGGAAAAUCUUUAAUGAUUCUAAUACAUUGGAGAUUCUUGGCAAAGAACUUGAAACCAAUGUUUCUUUUGGAGAUGUUGUAAUGCCAGAGGCUAUAAUAAAUGAUGUUGCAGAAUUAAAACCGUACCUGAACUGCACUUUGGACUUUGCCAACUUUUCGCUGGUCAUUGAAGACGGUGUGUGGGUAUGUGAGGGUCUGUGCAGAAGUGACCCCUCCUACUGCAAUUUUCAUGGGGAGUGCUUUAAUUGGGAGGAUGGACCAGAGUGCGAAUGCUAUUCAAGUAAUUUUGAGGAAUACUACGGGCCAAGGUGUGAUCUUUACAGCAGAACUUCAGGGUUUUAUGCUGUACUCUUUGGAACUUUAGUGGGUGCCCUGUUUCUGCUCUUCAUUCUGGUAAUAGUAAUUUGGCUGCUGCGAAGACGUCAUGCGGGGAAAUGGUCCAUGACUGGCAGGUCUAAUCUGAAGAGGUUGUCAAUGUUUGAUGAGGUCUUCUUUGACUUCAGAGGCUCAGGUUAUGGGACAUACCAGCUGUAUAAAGAAGGAAAUGAGACAGAGAAAACUUCUGCUGCAGAUUUCAGGCCAAAUCUUGAGAAUGUCGACACAACAUUAGAUGUGACCACAAAACGACCAGAACUCACAGCUAACCAAAGUUAAUUUUCACUUGAGUGAAUGUCUGGGAUUUCUUCUUCAGUUUCAAAUGUUUAAGUAGUGCUUUGUGGCUUCUUACACCUCAGAAUGUCGAGUUUUAUAUUAAAUAAAAACAGAGCCUAUUAACUUAAAUACUAACUGUAACUUACGAAUGUAAAUUAUAAAUCAAACUCAGUAUUUAAGUAAAUGAUUGAGCUGCUACGUCUACACUUUACUUUUUUUUACUUUUACUAAAGUCAUUAUUUCAGCACCUUAACUCCAUUAAUAAAUUUGACUCACUUUUGUUUCACAAUCUGCUUUUGUCUGAAGAAUACACAGUACUACAAUUACAGUUAUGUUAUAUUGUGUUGAGCUUAAUGUUAUUUAUUAAUUAUUUAGAAUAAGUGAGAGAUAUGAGCUUGAUCAUAUCUUCAGGAUUGCUUUUUUUCUGCAUCAAUUUUGAGAGAAGAUGUUAAAUACAGUUGUAUUAAACUAUUUUAUAGCCAGAUUAUGUGUGUUAGUUUUAG